UGACAGCCUGCGCGCUGCGAUAGUGGUGUUUGGGGAGGAAGAAAAAAGUCUCUCUCGCUCUCGCAUUUCUUCGCACCCUGUCAAUGUUGCGACUGCGGCUCUGAAAACAGGCAAACUGCUUCCUAAACAGUUAAAAAAUCGACAGCUACGUAAAUAGUCAAGUUAAGGGCUUGCGGAAAAAAAAACGGGACAUUUCCUUCAAAUCGCAACGAAAAGCACAUCGUCAGUCAGUGGAAAAGCAAAGGUACAGCGAAGAGGGGGAGGACGUGUGUGUUCACGCUCUGCCAGUCGUGAUACUCAACCAGCCACCGGCACAGGACGCUCCAUUCCACUUCCGAAGCGCAAACUUUGCGUGAAAAUGUCCCCGCAAGGAAUUUGGUCCGAAUUCGGUUGAAGCAAGGAAGUGAAAUUGUUAUACGAUACGAGUGUUUGUCGUUUUUUUUUAGAGAUUUGCAGAUUCUAAAAGUGAAUAUGAGUGAAAAAUAAAGAAAAUACAGGAAAAAAGCAAAACGGUAGAAUUGAACAAAAAAAAAAGGUUCCAUUUUUCCACCAUUUCACACCAGCGAACGGCCGUCCCGACGUUAGAGAAAUAGUGUGAUAGAAAGAGAGAAAAAGAGAGAGAGAGAGAGAGAGUGUGCGUGUGUGCGGCAGCUGUUUGUGCUCCAAAAUAACGAACAGCAGGAGGGUAUACUUUUCUUCCUCUCCUUCUUCGGUGUGGUGCUCCAAAAGAGCAUCGCCAGUGAAAAAGUGAACUUUUGCAUUGCACUGCCCCUCACUCCCCAUAACCGUCGUGUUCUGUUGUCGGGAGGUGUGUGCAGGGCAAGCGGCAAGCAGAACAACUCCACUCUGCACACACAAAAAAACCAACACAUACACGGAGUGCUGGGAAAGCAAGGGAGGCAAUUUUCCUGCUCAAUGCAACACGCGCCUUUGCCGCAGCUAGUACGCAGCAUCCAGCAGAGCAGCAGCAAGGAGUGAUGUGGUGUGUGUGUAUGUAUGUUUGAGUGCGUGUGGCUUCGAUUGUUUAACCUAAAACAACCCCCUCGGUGUGAAAAACCGGCGUGCUGGGGGAAAAUCAUAAACAAAUAAAGUAGAAUAAAAGCUCCAUUCAGUGUACAAGCACAGGGGGGGAAAAGCGCACCAACGACAACGACGGGAAAAGCUUACAAAGCGAGCUUGGUGGUGUGGAUGUGUGUGAUCAGGGGUGCAAGCAGUGUGUAGGGUGGUGAAAAAUUGUCUCGCUCCCAUGUGAAAAGCUCUCUUUUUCCCGUCCCCGAGAGCCAGUGCCUAUUUUUUAAUAUUGCAAAACGAGAAGCGUAACGGUGUGUGGUGCCCCCGAAGCAUAUUUGCACCUCAAGUGCGUCUUUGGUGUGUGUGUGUGUGUGUCUGCGUGUGUAUGAAGAUGGAUCGCUAACCGAAAAUAAAACAACAGCAAAAGUGUAUCUUGUUUCAGGGAAGUUUUCCACCGCCGCAACUGCCCACGGUACGGUGGUCGGUCGCAGUAGGCUUUUUUUUUCAUUGUUUGUUUUGCCGUCUGGGCUGGGCAGCGGGAAAAGCGUCGCCGUCGAUCGGAAGGCAACCAUGCUGUAGUAGCAACAAUAGAGGUGCGCGCACACUUCUGACCCACACACACACAUACACCCACCCACGGCAAUAGGGGGGUGUGGAAAACAGUGGCAGUUGCGUGCGAGACAGCGGGGUGCAGUGAAAGGAAAAGCGUGCGUACGCUUCUUUGUUCGUGUGCGUGUUUUUGCGGCAGAAGCGUAAAGCGCAACAAUAUCAUCUGUUGGCGGGUGCGGGAAGUUUACAGUCCUCCUCCCCCUUCGCCCCCUUAAGAGCAGAAGUGUCCGAAUAGUGUCUGCUACACGCGUGUGUGUUUGUGUGAGCGUGCAGAGCGUGCGAGGUACAACAACAGCAACGGCAAGAGGAAAACGCCACCAGACCCGCCCGUGGUGACGCGUUGCGGAAAAUCCGGCUCGACCCAUAGUGUGAAAACGGGAAAAAGGGAAAAUCGCACCAACGAUGGCGAAUCCGAGGAAGUUUAGCGAAAAGAUUGCGCUACACAAUCAAAAGCAGGCGGAGGAGACGGCCGAAUUUGAGCGGAUCAUGCGGGAGGUGUUGGACGUGACGUCGAAGGCGUCCAAGAGUGCCAACCUGUCGCCGACGACGGGCACGCUGGGCACGUUUCGAGGCGGUUCCCUGCCCAACGUCAAUAAUGAAAACAAACAGUACCAGGAAAAGGCGGACGAUGGUACAAACCUGACGGAGCUGAAACCCUACACGCAACCGGAAACGAUCAAGGUGAAAAAGGAAAUAUCUCCCAAAGCCAGCACACCGAGCCAUACGAGAGAAUCCAGAGGGCGAACGCCUGGAGGACCCAUGCGUAAUCGGCAAUCGAGUCGAAACCAUGACACGUCACCGUACGGCAACAGUACGGUUCAUUUAAUUCCCCCGAUGGAAAGCAACUGGCACCGUUCGAUCUCGGAUUCGGCAAUCCACCAGAGUCUCUGCCAAAAUCAGCAACAAGACGCCACCCAUCUGACCACUCACACACCUCUAACGCUAAGCCCAACAGUGCAAAGAAAGAUUUCAAAUGCUCAACACAUUUCGAAAGUACACAACAACCACAUGACCAACAACCAUCAUAAUCAUCACCAUCAUCAUCACCAUCCGAGCAAUCAUCACGAUAACGGAUCGACGCAGGACAUCCGGUCACGCUCCUCUACCGCCCUGCCCAGGCUACCCGGCAUCAACAUCUACCCGUCGCAGAACCAUCCCGACAGUAUACAGAUACCGAUACCGAGCAACACGGGCUCGUUACCCGACCUGACCUCCGUCGGUUAUCCCUCCAUGUAUCCGGCAACGUUGGAUCAAGAGUACGAUCCGAACGGACAAAACCACAGUUACUGUCCGAGCCCGCUCGGUACUUCACCCUCGUCGCUUUCACCAACCUCUGCCAUCCAGAACCAUCACCACCAUCCGCACCCGAGAGCGAACAGUUUCAGCGGUGGCGUCAGCAGUGCGACCGGAGGAAACGGUUCCGGUGGCGGCGGAGGAGGAGGCGGAGCAGGAGGAGGAGGAGGAGGCAGCAGUGGCGGCAGUGGCAACAGUGUUGGCGGCUAUCCCAUUCCGACCAGCCAUUCGAACAGUGGCUCCGUCAGCCCGACCGGCAGCGGUAUCAGCUGCAGUCCCAGUGCGUCGUCGGUGGCCCCGAUCGCGGUCAAUAGCGUAAACAUGGGGAACGCUGUGAAUCACAACAAUGGCGCAACGCUUAACAAUGGCAUUAAGGGGAAGAAAGCAAAGCCACAAACCAUCUCUAGUCAGCCUUUUUUAUCUGUACCAGAUAGUAAUAGAUAUUCGUUUAUGUCGAAGGUCAACAAUACUUAUGACACUAACCAGCAGCAGUCAGUGCAACAGCAGCACCAGCAACACCAGCAACAAGCACAGUCUCCACAGCAGCAGCAGCAGCAGCAGCAACAAGCACAACAGCAGCAACGAAUACCAACGCUGGAUCAGAUAAGCUACGAUAGCUUCACUCAGAUCACCGACGGUCUGGCGUCGCCCAACCAGAACUCACCCGAAAGCAUACUGUACGGAUCUCAUGGAAAUAUGUCCCCGCAAAUUAUGUCGGACUAUCGAACCCGGCCCAGUCCCGGCUCCAGUCCAGGGCUUGCGCUAGUGAACAAUCCCGAUUCCAACUCCAGUGCACCCUGCAGUCCAGUGUCCCACACGGUGGGCAGUAACAAUGGACCAACUUACGAUAAAUAUCCAACCAGUGACGUUUACGUACAGAACACCCUACCACAGUAUUUGGAACACAUCACACUGGACUGGACUACGCUGGUUCAGAGUCUAGUAGAGUCCGGAUGUACAUUAACCGCGCAAGUGCAGGGUGAUACCGACUUUACCACCAAUCAAAUGGUCUUUAGCGGGUUUGAUGAAACCUACUUGACGAUGAACAAUGGUCUCGGUAUACGCACUCACACCGGUCAUGGCAAUGGGCACACGCAAGUCCACCAGACAGCGUCGCAGCAGACGAACCAGCUUAACUCGAUCAACUGUCAGAAUAUGCAGAAUAUGCAAAACACCAACAUGAACAACAUGUACAACGGGACGACGGAACCCCUGCUCAGUCUGCCCAACACCCAAUCGCUUAUCGAGCCCCAAACGCCCACGAUACCGGAGAUCGUUUUUACAGAUUAUUCGACUAGGGACGAUUUCGAGGCAGACCUUGGGCUUGGUCAUAUGGAUUUCCAAAGCAUCCAGAUGCUCUCCGACACCAGCACGAUGAUUGACCCGAUGGACGAGGACAGCUUUCGACGAGAUUUACAAUAGUGCGAGGCAAACUGGGACGGCUUACCGAACGACUUCUAUUAGCCCGAUGCGCUAGCUGACCCAGGCCGUCGAACGGCACCCUUACUGGCGAGCGACAGAAAUACAAACGACAGACGACACAACACGCAAACAACACACACUGUUGUGGGUGGGUGGGUGGAGGGAAAUAGUUAAUGAGUAACUGUUACUUGAGGCUGACCGCAAACGUUGAUAAACUAUAGUUAAGGAUAAGGUGUGUUUGUGUGUGUGUGUGGAGUUGUUAGCGUACGACGAGAGUUUGUAGUAUACCAGGAUCAUAUAGAAUAGUAGACAGCUGUGCAAAAUGGUUAUGUUUUAAGGUUGAGUAACAAAACCUUUCCCCACGUUGCGUGUGCAUUGACAAAGUGUUACAUUAACUAGAUGUGUUUUAGAACUGGUUGGUGUAAAGGUGUGCAAAUUAAUGUUUAGUUGAGGGCGAGAAACAAAAACAAGCUUUCCCGUGGAUGUUGUGACAUUUUUGUGAAGAGCAUUGUUUCAACAUUGUUUCACAAACAGUUUCCUCCAAUGUUGUCUUUCCCAUAUGGUGAUAUGGUGUUUUUUUGUACAUUUAUGUUGUUUCCUCCUGUUGGUGGUAAAGCAUUAUUGCGAUGAGAUUUAGAUAAAUGCUCUGAGGGAAAAACUGUUUUCCCCCUUUUGAUGGUCACAUUUAAUGGAAAGAAAUAAAUCUGUUUGGUCAUUGCAGACACAUUGCUGUACCAAUGUUUCUGUUUGCUUCACGGGUAUGCAACGGAAAGCAAAAGUAUAAUUUAAACGAGCUGGUUUACUAAAGAUUCGGUAAAACUGAUUGUCACAAAAGCACAAAAACUUCGUACAGAGUACCUCGAUGCCUUUGCUUUAAUACGAUUUUACUCCUGCUCUAAACGAAUGCUGUUUUUCAUUUAAAGAGUCAUCGGUGAACUCUUGACCAAGCGAUAGGACGAUGAAAAGUGCUAGCUCGAAAAAGGAGCAAGUUUGAGAGAGAGAGAGAGAGACGCUUAGAGAGCCGAACGUGUUUAAUAAAAGGAAGGUUAAAUAAGCGAUGUGGUCCAUCAAUUAGAUUGCAAGCAUUAUUGUCGACAAGCAGCAAGAAAAACUCUCGAGUAAAUGUAAAACUGUUUUCAUGCCGAAUUAAUAAAAAAACAAAAUCUUAUGCCGAACAGAUGUAAUGCGAGAUGAAAAAAAUAAGUAAAAAAAACAACAACAACCAUCCCCCCCCCGAAAAGUAACGUUCUCUGUGUAAUGCUCUGUUUUUUAAUGUCACUAAAGCAUUAAACAUAAUGAAAACAAACAAAAAAAAAGAUUGUGCUAUUUACUGAUAAUAAAAGGGAUGAUAAGCUCUAGGUUUAGGAGUAGAUAAAGACUAAUGCAAGUUUAGUUAGGAAACGAAAAAAGGCAGACAAAAGGAACGAAUGAAACAUGAUAAUAAAGUUUGUGAAAAAAAAAACACACACACGUAGCAACAAAAGGUCAAUACGAAGCGAAACGGAACCCGAACGAAAUGAGAAAAUGUUGAGGAUAGGGGGGGAGGGGGGGGGCAGACUAUACUUAACUAGGACUUUUUUUGUUGUUUCUACGACCAACGAACGCGCGAUGGUUAAGUAAAUGAUUUUUUACUAUCGUUUGUAAUGUUACAACGCGACUGUUGUGUUUACAGCAGCAGUUUCAUCAACUCAAGCAGACUUUGUGUUUAGUUCGCUUUGCAUUUAACAAAUCCCCAUUUGUUGUUUAUUUUUCCUGUGCUUUGUUUUCCCUUUCGUUUCCUGCAACCCAGUCGUCGGUUGGUUGGCGGUCAGGCUGUGCGUGAAUAAAUGAUAAUGCUAGGUGAUCCGAUGGAAAGGAUAACAUAUUCUUAUUUUACCACCCCCUGCCCAGUGGUAUGGUACACAACAAGCAAACGACACAUACGAACGUAACGAACAAUAGCUAGAUAAAUGGCCAAUGGCAAAAAGCUGGUGGUAGCGCGAUUGGCGGAGAAUGUAUUGCAUGUAAAAAUAUCGUAACAUAUCAAACUGUACGAAACAUUGUUUGUUAGCUUUAUUCAAUUCGAUUCUUCCGAAUCGACGAAAAUACAUCACAUAAAUGCCGAUUGAUUCCCCUUCUAGAGGACUGCGUUACGGGGCUACGAUGCUAACUUCGGUGGAACGUAAACCCACAGGUCACAGAAUCGUUAGUUAAUUUAACCGAUUAGUUUUGAUUAAAUUAAAAUUGUGUACAAAAGUACAAAAAAUAACACGUAAUAUGCUAAACACUUUCAAUGACAUCAUAUACGGGAUGUGUUGCAAAACAAAAGGCAGUAAGCAGACAGCAGGAAGUGAGCAAAUCGAAAUCCUCUCAGCAUUCUUUUAAUGUCACUGUUAAAUACUGUUUGCGUUUGUGUUCGUUGAUAAAUUCGGCGUUUUCAAUGUCCGUGUGGUUAAUUGUUCCUGAGACGAAAAUGAUCGGAACGGAACUCUGUGUGUCACACUUUUGCGCUGUGAUUGAGCGAGCGGGGUUUUAUUUUCGUUGCCUUUUUUACCUUGAGCGAUGUGUGAUGACAGAGUAAGGAGAAGAACCAAUUUCAACGCUGUACAAAAUGUUCUCCCUUUUUACAUGCUACACUCGUGAAUCGAUAGUUUCAAUGGCUGGGUACGCAUUUCCCAUUUUCUAUCUAUUUAUCUCCUUCGCUUCCAUCCCUUUUUCUACACCUUUUGCCUAUUGCAUACUGAAAUUGACUUGAUUUCUAACGGGUACUUAUAAUGCAAAACUGUUCGCUUCACUAUACAUCGCUACCAAUGGUGGUGAUACGCAUGAUAACAAUUUUCUCCUUUUCCUCGCGAUGAUGGAAAAAGCAUCCACCACAAAGCAAAGCAAAGCAUCCACCACAAGCUAGAGGAAAAGAACAAGCAGCAAGGAAACAAAACAUAAAAAUAAAAUAAAACCAACAAACAAAUAAAAGAAAUGCCUUUCAGAUAUUACGCAUCAUAUUUUUGCACCGAUUGCACUACAAAAGGGGUAACAAAUGCAUCUACCGAAGCGAUACGAUACAUAAUGUGCACAGCGCUCUUGCAAGCAAGGGUGAAGAGAAAGGCGCUCAAUUACAUUUUGGACUCGAUUACAGUACCUUUUUACAGAUUAAAUAGAUUUGUGAGGCAUGGUGGGUUGUUUUUGUAUAAUUUUAAACCGUUCAACACAACAAGCGUGUAUAAUACUGCAUGAAUCGAUGGAUGAAUGAUCAAAAAUGUACAUAUUUUGUUCGCAAAUCUGAGUGUUUUGGUUGUUUUAUUUCUUCAAUCUUGUUAAGAUACUGACAUACCCCCAUUUACCCAACAACAUACAGAGCAACUGUGCCAAACUGUUAAACUUUUACUUUUACUAUACGACUGUUGCAUUCAAUGUUCAUUCAACUCAUAUUCAUAUCUUACGCCCAUUGUUCGCUUCUCUUUGCGCUGAAAUCCCACUGAGCAGAUAUCAAAAGCGGGACAACAUUACUCGUAAGAACAUGCAGCAUGCAGAUACAUUCAUUCAGAUUGCACUCUUCAAUAGAUAGCGAAACAUUUGUCGAUUUAAUACAAACUCCAAAGUAAAAUAAUUCAUAAAAAUGAACCAACAGUAACAUACAAAAAAGAAGGAAAACUGCACGCGCAGCUCAAAAGCCAAGUGUGGUGUGCGCCUUUUAGAAUAGAAAAAAAAAGGAAAAAAAGGGAAAAUGUGUAGUACGAAUACGGUUUGGCAGCAGUAGAUAAAUCGCAGAGAAUGACAUAGAAACAGUAGAAAAAUAUGCAGGAAAACAGACAUAAAGAAGGAACGCAUAUUACAUACUUCCUGUUCAAGUAUUUGCCCUUUCGGUUGAGAUUUGGUUGACCUUAAUUCUGAGGCUGGCUGCCGUCGUAAAUUAUGAAACAAUAUCAGUGUACAAAUAGAAAAUUGAACCUCUGCUCCCUUUUGCUUCAUCAAUGGGAAUGUAUUUCUUUCCCUUGUUUUUUUUUACAUCUCACUCGAAUCUCGUCGUCGUCGAUCAAUAUCCGAUUGGCCGGUUGUAGCCGGUCACUCCGUUGCCUUACUUCUUCGCAGCCGUACCAUGAUGUUGCCCCCCUUUUUCGGCGCCCGGCAUUGAUUUUCAAGGGGGAUUUUGUUUUCCAAACGUUAAGUACACAGAGCACAUGUAGAUAGAGAUUGGUUGGAAUGGUAAUGAGAGGCACACGGGCCAGAAAACGACAGCUGUGUGGAGCACUGCAUUUUAAAUGUAUAAAUUUGUAGUUAGUGUUGCCACGCGUACUUCUCGAUAGCACAAUGUGGUGAGAAAUUGUUCACAGUUGGAUCACAUGUUGGAAGAAAUUAGCUUAAAGUGAGAUAUCCUUACACUGAUGUAGAUCCUAUUUAGCUGCUCUAGCGUACUUCCCGGCUAGAACCCACCCUCUCCAAGUACCUUUGUUACAAAAGAGUUUUGCGGCAAAAAUUACGAAUUGAAGAUUAAUAUAGCAUAUAUUUACGCACGUUGACCUGAUUUUACAAAAAAAAAGAGAGACAAAAAGAAAUUCUAUUGUUUCUAUAUACACAAUAAGAUGCAUUCACUAUUAUUACAUGUGUGUUGUUGAUCUAACAAGCGAACGAAAGGAAGUUAAAAUCAGUUAGAAUAUUAACUAAAACAUAACUAAAUGGUCUGAUAAGUGAAAUUGGGAAUAGUUUGUUUUUAUUUUUAUAGAUAAAAAAACGGGAUAUUAAACAUUAACGAGUACAGACAGACAUGCUGUACCGUACAAAGUAAAGAAUCUGAUAUGCUGGUAGGGCGGUAAUAGUGUGAUACAAGGGCGUAAAUAGCUAGCUGUCAGAAUACCGUGGUUGCCAUGGUAGCUGGAAAAGGGUUGCGCAUGGUUUUGGCUCAGUGCGUAGCAUCGGUUGCGUUGCGUGUCUCGAUCGUAUUACCUAGCUAGGGACGGCAUUGUAUAGAACAGUCAAUUAGUGUGCGAUUGCAAAAAAAAAACAAAAAACAAGAGAAGUGUGUGUAAUUUUCUUAUGAAAGUAGCACAAAAUCACCUUAAAUUAAAAAGAAAGAACAGUUAAAUGUAGAGCAACGUCAAACAAACAAAGACAUGUAGAAUGGUAAACACGAAAAAAAAAACGAUUAAACAAACGAAAAAAAAAGGUAAAGAAUAUUCUUUACCAAUUAAAUGCAAUUUGAAAAAUUGUUUGGAACAAUUGGCGUGUGUUUCUGUAUCUGUAUCUCUUUCUCUCUGUGUGUGUAUGUGUGUAUUCAUCGUGCACAAAGUUACACAUUUACACGAGGUAAUAUUCCUACAAAAAUUGGCAAUUCACAGUACUCUAGCAUCAAAGUGAGCCAUUUCCUCAAUGUCGGAGUUCGGAGUAGCUUUUUAUAUUUGCAGUACGCUCGGUGGCAACAAGUAAGGGUGGCAAAUAAUAUUUAAAAAAAACACACACACACACAAUAAACAAGCAGCAGAACCAAUGGAUAACAAUUGUUUCUUUCCCUACUCUCUAUCCAUUCUAUCUCUAAACCUUCCCGUUUUUAUCACAUUUCAUUCAACUUUCUACAUUCAAACACAAGUGGACGGGACAGAAGAAGUAUGUGAUGAAAUAGUGCAUCUCUAUAGAAAACGAAAAUAAAAUAACAUAAAUCUCCGCUGUCAAAAUAGAAACAAAAGAUGAUGAUGAUGAAAAAAAAAACAAUACCACAAUUAAAACAUAAAACAUAAAUAAAAGGCGCCCAAAUCAUGCCAAUGUUCUCUUUCUCUACCUUUUUCGUACCCAUAGAGAUGAUGAAUCUUAAAGUGUGUGUGUGUAUAAGUGUGUGAUAGGAUAAAAGAGAGAGAAAGAGAGAGAGAGAGAGUAAAACAAUAGUAACAAGUAGAAGGACCGUACCAGACGAAUGGGAUGAAUUCAACCACAACAAACGUACACUGCUGCAAACAGGGGUAGUGCUAAAAGUGACGAAUAAUGCGGGUGCUAUUUAAAAGAAAAAACACUAGUAAAAGGACUAGCAAAGAAAAGGAAGGGGUGCACUAGUAAAGGAAGCUCGGACGAUAGUGGAUGGAAGGACAAGUUGUAAAAUAUUACUUAAUACAAAUAAUAAAAGUAUGAUACAAAUGAACUGUA